ACGUGUUAUGUUGUUACCUUAGGGAUAAACUUUAGUAGUGGUAGAAAAUAAUCAAUAACUCAUAUCACCCCUUCUUUAGUUUUUAAAUGUACUAUAAAUUAUAUCUAUUACACUCAAAAAUAAACUUUACAAUAUGUAGAACUAUUACAACACUAUGGAAUUUAAAAUAACUAAAUACUUACCAAGAUUUAAAGAAGAAUUACCACCAAUCAAUAGGCCAGCUCGUUCAACUAGCAGUAAUAUAAUUAAGAACCCUAAAACUUCAAUUGAACCAACAGAAUUAUUAAAUAAAAUUGAUCCAUUGAUAUUGGUUGCUCAGUAUGAAAGAGAUAUCAAUCGAAUGAAAAUGAAUCACAACCAAAUGUUAGAGGAACUUUAUAAAGAAUUAGAAAUAUUAAGAUCCAAGAAUCGAGACCUUUUAGAUGAACUGAUUAUAAUGAAUGGUGGAAACUAUUGUUGCAAGCAUUUAGAAAAUUUGAGUUAUGAUAUUUUAAAAUCUAAUGCAAGUGAUAAUCAAAAACAAUUGAGUGAUAUAUUAAACAAUGCUAAAAUUCAUCAGAUAUCUACCGAAGAUAUUAAAAAUGAUAAAAAUUACAACUAUAAAAAAGAACUGCCAGAGUUAAUAACUGUAGGGAAUAAGUUCAUAAGUAAAGAUAUUGAAAAUAAAUCAAAUUUACUUUUACAAGAACAAUUAUAUAAAAGCAAUAAACUAAUUGAUGCACUUCGACAAGAAAAUAUUCAACAAAAGGCGGAGCUAAAUUCAUUAAAUUCAUUAUUAAAUAAGGGAUUGAAAAUGACUGGUGUUGGAUUGGAUAAUGGCCUGAUCAGAAAAAACUUGAAUUCUGGCAAAAGAUUUCUAUCUUCGUUUUCUCAUCCUACUAUUUCUUACAUGGAUAUUAUGAGUUCAGAGGAAAGCUUACAGCCAAUCUCUAGGAAUGAAUAAUUUGUAUAAUAAUACACUGUGUGUACAGACAUGUAACAUGUAUACCAUUAUGUACAAGUUACCUAAGUAGGUGUUUAAAAUUUGUAUGCCUAAACACGGUUGUUGGAAAUCAUAAUAUUAGAUGAUUAAAAAAAAAAAAAAAAUAUGUUUAAUGAU